CCCGAAUUACACCUCUACGGCUCUACCUCUUCCUUCCCAGGGCUUGAAAGUUGAAAGCCAACUAACAAAAACGUCCAUUCCUCAGCCCCGUAAUUGUUUGCUGUACGGUACUAGAUGCCUGAUGCCCCCAACCUCGACACUCUCCAAAGCUCUCUUGAAGAACACCAGCACUCCCAAAUUGGCAUGGCAUCUCUUCAAGCGGAUUCUCUCUUCACCCACCACCACAACCUCACAAAGACAUCUCCCAGUCCAAGCAAUACCCACCAUCGCCCGUAUCCUUGUUCGCGCCAAAAUGGUUUCAGAAAUCGACCAACUCCACCAGCUUCUCCUCUAUCAACACCCCGAAACAUCCCAUUCCUGUAUCGUUUCCCUCAUUCGCAUACUAGCCCAAUCGGGUUUAUUGGAUGAGGCCGUUUCCUACUUGAAAUCUCUUCGCACCCAUUUCCCACUUAGCCCGCCUUCUAUAUAUUUGUAUAAUGUUCUCUUAGAGUGUUGCAUUAGAGAGAAUCGCGUGGAGCAUGUCUCGUGGUUGUAUAAGGACAUGAUUGCUGCAGGAGUGGCCCCAGAGACGUAUACUUUUAAUCUUUUGAUUCGUGCACUUUGCGAUUCGGGUAAUGUUAAUGAUGCUCGGGAGUUGUUUGAUAAAAUGUGUGAAAAGGGUUGUCGGCCAAAUGAGUACAGUUUCGGGAUAUUGAUCCGUGGGUACUGUAGAAUGGGGCUUGCAAGUCGUGGGUUGGAAAUUUUGGAUGAGAUGAACAGAUUAGGAUUUAUGCGGAAUAGGGUGGUUUAUAAUACUCUGAUUUCAAGUUUUUGCAGGGAAGGCAAGAGUGAUGAGGCUGAAAAGUUGGUGGAGACGAUGAAAGAGGAUGGUCUGUCUCCGGAUAUUGUUACUUUCAAUUCUAGGAUAUCAGCGCUUUGUAGUGCAGGGAAGAUUUUAGAGGCUUCUAGAAUUUUUAGGGAUAUGCAGAUAGAUGAAUAUUUCGGUCUGCCUCGACCUAAUGUUGUAACUUAUAAUUUAAUGCUAGAGGGUUUUAGCAAUGAAGGCAUGUUGGAGGAAGCCAAGACCCUGGUUGAUUCUAUGAAAAAGAAUGGUGAUUUCAUUAAUUUGGAGAGUUAUAAUGUGUGGAUGCUGGGACUGGUGAGGAAUGGAAAGCUAUUAGAGGCUCGAACAGUUCUCAAAGAUAUGGUUGAUAGGGGCAUAGAGCCCAAUAUUUACUCUUACAAUAUUGUAAUUUAUGGCUUAUGUAAGAACGGGCUGCUCUCAGACGCAAGAAUGUUGAUUGGCUUGAUGAUAGGCAGUGGUAUUUCUCCUGACACGGUAACUUAUAGCACUUUGAUCCAUGGAUACUGCAGUAAAGGGAAGGUAUUUGAUGCUAAUCAUAUUCUACAUGAGAUGGUGAGAAGCGGUCGUUUCCCAAAUACUUAUACUUGCAACAUUUUGCUGCACAACCUAUGGAAGAAAGGGAAAACAUCAGAAGCUGAGGAAUUGCUGAAAAAGAUGAAUGAAAGGGGUUAUGGUUUAGAUAUUGUAACCUGCAAUAUUGUUGUUGAUGCUCUUUGUAAAAGUGGGAAAUUGGACAAAGCUAUUGAAAUUGUAAGAGGGAUGUGGAUUCAUGGAAGUGCCGCCCUUGGUGAUUUAGGGAACUCAUUUAUAGGCCUAGUAGAUGAUAGUAAUACUGGGAGGAAAUGUACUCCUGAUUUGGUAACAUAUUCAACAAUCGUGAAUGGUCUAUGCAAGGUUGGGAAGCUUGAUGAAGCUAAAAAAAUGUUUGUUGAGAUGAUGGGAAAAGGUUUGCAGCCCGAUUCAAUCAUUUAUGACACUUUUGUCCACACCUUCUGCAAAGAGGGAAAAUUAUCAUCUGCUUUUCGAGUUCUCAAGGAUAUGGAGAAAAAAGGUUGUGACAAGACUAUACAGACUUAUAACUCAUUGAUGCUUGGCUUGGGGAAUAAGAAUCAAGUAUUUGAAAUCUAUGGACUCAUGGAUGAGAUGAAAGAAAGAGGGGUUUCUCCAAAUGUUUGGACUUAUAAUAAUAUGAUUAGUUCUCUCUGUAAAGGAGGAAGGAUUAACGAUGCCACUUCUAUUUUAGAUGAUAUGGUGCAAAACGGGAUAUACCCGAACAUAUCUUCCUUCAGGACUCUAGUAAGUGCCUUUUGUGAGGCAGGAGAUUUUGGAGUGGCAAAGGAAGUUUUUGAGAUUGCUUUGAGCAUAUGUGGCCACAAUGAAGCCCUUUAUAGUUUUAUGUUUAACGAGUUACUUGAUGGAGGGGAAGUUUCAGAAGCUAAAGAACUACUUGAAGUUGCAUUACAUAGAUCCUUUUACUUGGGGAACUUUCUCUACAAAAAUCUUAUCGACAAACUUUGUAAGGAUGAAAAAUUGGAAGAUGCGAGUGGUAUUCUGCGUAAGAUGAUUGAUAAAGGAUAUGGCUUUGAUCCUGUAUCAUUCAUGCCAGUGAUUGAUGGUUUAGGGAAAAAUGGAAACAAGCAUGAGGCUGAUGAGCUUGCAGAGAAAAUGAUGGAAAUGACUUCAGAAGAUAGGGUGACAAAUGUUGUGUACAAAAACUCUAUUAAAACAAUUGAUAAUAAGCACAAAAAGCAUGGUGGGAGUGAUUGGCAGACCAUAGUGCACAGAGAUGAUGGCAGUGGAGUUGCAUUGAAAGCUCUUAAGCGGGUACAGAAGGGCUGGGGUCAGGGAAGUAUAUCAAGUCUGCAGCCCCAGAAAAAUGAGUUCCUUGAUUAUUAAGGGGGCGGGGUGGUUGCAUGUCUUCAUUCCUUUCAGUCGAUACUCAAGAUUUACUACAUGCUGGACCAAUAGCUGCAUGCCAAAGGCCCAAAGUUAUAGGCGUUAUAAUAACCUUGCAGAACAGCAAGGUGUAUUUAGCACUCGACUUUGAAAAGUGUCUUUCACCAGGAGAUGCUUUCAGUGAUGUGAAUUCUGGUCUUGUUUUUCUUGAUGAACAUAUAUUGAUUUUAAAGUUCAUUAAUUUUAGAGCGUGGGAGGAUUCAAACC